CCGUCCAUUCAAUCAACCCGUAGGAAAAGAAAUCUCUAAAUCUCGCAACGUCCGACCGUCUCCCUCGGCGAAUCUCAAAGCAGAUUUCUGCCUUUCUCGUUGUUCUUGACGAGCCAUACGGCGGAACGCCAUCUCCGACGUGCGACGGCCUCUACGCCGAAGUUUUGUCUGAGGGUCUAACUUAGAGCUUUAGCUUCUGGGUUUGAACAAACCAAUGUCGUCUCCGUUUCCUAUUUUGGACAAUAAACCAAUUGAUCAGUGGAAAGUCACUGAGCUAAAGGAAGAGCUUAAGAGGCGCAAGUUAAUAACAAAAGGGUUGAAGGAGGAAUUGGUGAAGCGGUUGGAUGAAGCAAUUCGCAGUGAACAAGAAAGCACACAAGGAAAUACUGGUGAUGGUUUUGAGUCUGCACAUGAUAUUUCAGUUGGACCUGGUCAAGAAAGGACUGAUUUAUCUGAUGCUAACAAGGAGGACACUUCCAUUGCUUAUGAUUCUAUAGGUAAACUUGAAAGUGGAGCGUGUCAUGAUGAAGUUAAUCGGGCGGAUUCAUUUGACGUUUACAAGGAGAAUGAUACUUCCAUCCAUUGUGAUUCCAUAGGAGAUAAUAGGGAAAGUGAAGUGCGUAAAGUUAAUGACAAGGAUAAGGAUGCUUCCAUCACUUGUGAUGUUGAUUCCAGUGUUGAAUCUGACAAGGAUAAGGAUGCUUCCAUCACUUGUGUUCUAGCAGAUGAUAAACAGGAAAAUGAACUGUGUGAAGUUGCUGUUGAUGGAAAUCGAACAUCAUCUAUCCCUGCACGCGAGGAGGAUGUCUCUAUCUCUUGUGAUCUGAUAGAUGGUAAAAUAGAAAUUGAAGACUGUAAAGUUGAUGUGACUGGCAGCAGAAAGUCAUUUCAUGAGGAGUGUGGUUCUACAGCUGAUUAUGGACAAGAAAAGACCCAGUUAUCUGAUGCUAAUAAGGAGGGGGCUUCAGUAUGCGAUAAAAUGGAAAGUGAAGGGUGUGAGGUUGGUGUUACUGAGUCAAUGGUUGUAUCUGGACAUGAAAGGAGUCAAUUAAUGGAUGCGAAUAAGCUAAAGGAUGCUUCUGUUGCUUGUGAUUCCAUAAAUGAAAAAGUAGAAAGUGAAACGUGUGACAUUAAUUCUAGUAACAACAUGAUUCGAUCUGAUGCUGGUAAAGUUGUUGAAGGAGAAACAUUUCAUUCGAUUGGUGUUGUAGGACCGCUUAAUAGUUUGGAAACCAAUGUUGUGGUUGGUGAGGCUGUUGAUCCUGUAAUGGCUUUGGAUGGCCUUGAUUUGGAAAAUCAGGGAACCCAAAGUGAACAGAAUUCAAAAGCGGAACUCGAAAUUCCAAGUUCAAGGUCUCCCGAUGUGGAUGCUAAAAUUGAAGUAUCUGAGGUAUGCCCUGUUUCGGAGUCUUAUGUAAACACUGAUUCUGCUAGUAUUGAUAUCACAAUUAGUGGAAAGGUAGAAACAAUGAAUAAUGUAUUUAGUGAUGUCAAACUAGAAGUGGAUGCUAAACCUGUGGUCGUGCAUCUACCAUCUAGCAGUAUUAUUCCUGACAGUGAAUCCUGUCCCAUGGAUGUUGAAGAGGCACAAGACAACAAUUUAUCUGUCGUGCAAGGUGGUGCUGAUAAGAUAAAAUAUCUUAAAGAUUCAGGACAUUCUGUAAUGUUGCAUUUAGGGCAAAAGGUUGGUGAUGAUCCCAUUGAAGAAAAUAUGUCUGAGAACAAACAUGUUGAUGCUAAGUUGGGCACUGAGAAAAAAGUAGACAGUGCAGAAACGACAAGUGGAAAGAUGUUAAGUCCUGAUGUUGUGAAGAAUCAUAUAGAUGCACAUGGGAAGGUUGCCCCUAUUGAAACCAGAAGUGAAGAAGCUGUGCAAUCUGCAAAAAGGAAAACCCAUGCAGGUGAUGAAGCAGUGGCGAGCAAAGUCUCUGUGAAGAGGCAACGUAGGUGGAAUUCAGAAAGUAUUGAAAGCACACAAAAUCAAAGUGGAACUAGCGUUGCAUCUACCACACCCAAAAGUGCAACUCAAGCUACUUUCAAACGCAGUUUGUCUAUGCCUAAUUCGGUGGCUAGUGAAGAGCCAUCAAAGGAACGUGUGGUUCCACCAUCACCAAAGCCUGCUACAAAUUCUCUCAGAAUUGAUCGUUUUGUGCGUCCUUUUACAUUGAAAGCUGUUCAAGACCUACUUGGGAAAACUGGUACAGCAACAAGUUUCUGGAUGGACAACAUAAAAACCCACUGUUAUGUGUCGUAUUCAUCUGUCGAAGAAGCAAAUGAUACUAGAAAUGCUUUGUACAAUCUGCAAUGGCCUACAAACGGAGGACGCUUACUGGUAGCUGAGUUUGUUGACCCAGUGGAAGUCAAAAUGCACGUGGAGGGCCCACCUAAACUUCCACCCCCACCACCAUUAAGUAUGGGAGGGCCUUCCUUGACUGUUGUUGCUCUUCCUCCUCCUCCACCAAUCACACAACAACAACCUUCAUUGAGGCAACAGAUUCAGAAAAAACAGCUUCAGCCCCUACCUCCUCCUCCACCUCUUCCUCUUCCUCCAUCUCUUCCACUUCCACCACCACCACCACCAUUGUUUAAUCCACCCUCAGUUAAAGAGCGAUACCCUUUGCCACCACUCCCGCCGCCGCCUCCACUUACUGAGAAAGUUGACCCUCCAACUGUAACAUUGGAUGAUCUCUUCAGGAAGACAAAAGCAACGCCUCGUAUUUACUACCUACCUUUGACGGACGAACAAGUUGAAGCGAAGCUCAAAGUGGCAAAAGGGAAGGGGGAUACUAAGCAGUAGGGAUUAGGCUCUUUACUCAUUGCCAAAAAAAGCUCAUCCUCUUCUAUUUCUAAAUGGAUUGGUCUCAUUACUACACGCGUAAGAUAAAAUGGUAAGACAUUGUCAUAUUAUUGAAUCUUUGCAGGUGUGUGCAGGUCUUGCGUAUAGGCUCUUCCAGUUAUGGUGCAGGCGACGCUGGUUUGAAGAUGGGUUUGUUGGGUUUUCGAAGGCCGUUUUGGUUUCAGAUUGAAUUAUAUCUUGUGCAACUUGCUUCUUCUCUGCCUAAGCAGAUUUCUUUGUUUGAAUUUGUACUGCUAGAAUCUGAUUUCUUGAUGAGCUCUAUUUCCAACAAUCUGAAACUUGCGUGUACUUCAGGAUGUAGACUUGUGACAGUGAACUUAAAUUCUUGUUUGCCAUUUUAUCUUAGUAACCAAGCUGCUAUGGAU